CGGCCGGCCGGCAAUGCAUUGGUCAACCGGGGCCGGUUGGACGCGGGUCCGGGUUUCGUAAACUUCAACUCCAGAGAACCAGAUAUCAGCGAGUGAGCGUCAUAGGGAGGCGUAAACAACACAGACAAGAGUUUCUUAAAAGUCUCCCGAACUAAACUUGAGCUGAACGUCAUGGCAUACGUGGUGGAUUUCCGGAGUGACACGGUCACCAAGCCCUGUGCCGACAUGAGGAAGGCCAUGUUUGAAGCAGAAGUUGGCGACGAUGUUUGGGGCGAUGACCCGACUGUGAAAAAACUUGAGGAAACAAUGGCCAAGAUGCUUAAGAAGGAUGCCGCGUUGUUUGUGCCAUCAGGGACCAUGUCAAAUCUCCUCGCUAUAUUGGCCCACUGCCAAGGUCGCGGGGAGGAGGUGUUGCUAGGCGACCAGUCACAUAUAAUGCUGUACGAGCAGGGAGGCAUUGCACAGUUCGCAGGUGUAAACCCCAGGACUCUUGUCAAUAAGCCGGAUGGCACUUUUGAUCUUCAAGACGCAAAGUCCAAGAUUCGCAUGGAGGACAUUCACUAUCCAAGGACUCGUGCGAUUUGCAUCGAGAACACGCACAAUGCCGCCGGGGGGAAGGUGGUGCCCAUUGAGUUUAUCCAAAAGGUGAGAGAGCUAGCCGACAGCCACAGCCUUCAGGUUCACCUGGAUGGAGCACGCAUCAUGAAUGCCGCCGUUGCCAUGGACGUGACCCCUGACACUAUCGCUCAGUAUUGUGACUCAGUGUCAGUCUGUCUUUCUAAGGGACUGGGAGCUCCAGUUGGAUCCUGUCUUGUUGGCAGCAAAGAAUUUAUCAAAAGAGCUCACCGACAUCGCAAAGCCCUGGGUGGUGGGAUGAGGCAGGUCGGUAUCCUAGCGGCGGCGGGGCUGGUGGCGUUAGAGAAAGGAAUACCGAGACUGAAGACAGACCAUGAGAACGCUAAACUCCUAGCCCAAGGAGUCAUUGACCUCAAGUGCCCUAGCGUGACCUGUGACCUAGCUGCCACGGAAACCAACAUGGUGUACCUGAUGAUGGGGGAGGGAGUGUCGGCCAAGUUGUUCUAUCUUCUGUGUGGGACGGUGACCGAGGGUGAAGAACAGGAACUGGGACAGGGCAUUCAGGUGCAACUGUGUCCUGUGAGUGAUACUUGCUUACGGGUGGCCAUUCACCAUCACAUCACGGCCGAGCAUAUUGCCAUGGCACUCAAGAAAAUUGCCUACGUUGACAAACUUUUCCAGAGUGGAGAGGCGGCCAAACAUCUCCCCAAAAAUUGAAACGGAGGCCAGGGGCGAGGGUUAUCAUGUCAUAAAACGGUGAAAAUGAGACCAGGGGCUGAUAACCAUGUCAUAAAGCAAG